AGAUCACUUCAAUCAGCGCUCCGAACUCUUCACAUAUCUACAAGGACAGAGGCCAGUCACAAUGACCACUAUGGUGCGCGACAGCCGGCCCUUCACCCGGACGGUCAGGAAGAUAAAGUGCGCGGCCAUGGUCAACAGCCUGGCCAAGAGCUGGCAGAGCUGGGCCAACGAGCACACGGGCAAGCAGGAGACCAUUCCCUCAGGAUGGGUCCCCGACUCCAUACUCGAGGAAGAGGAGAAGAAAGAGAGGAACGAGGUCAAGCUGCUCGUCACGCCCCGCGUGGUGGAGGCCGGCGGCCCAGGCGACGGCGGGAUCAAAACAGUCACCGUGACCAAAAGCAUCGCUCCCAAGAGGAGUGACUGCGGCAACGACCUGGUGAGCUCCAUCAAGGAGAGGAUCGACACCAACCAGAUGGCGCCCGAGGACGAGAAGCCCUUCCUGGGCAGCGAGUCGCCCACCAGGAGACGGCACUGCCCCUCCAGGGCCAGCAGCGCCCUGAAAGCCUGGAGCCAGACGGGGAAGGAGCCUCAGAAGAUGGGCUCCCGCAGCAGCAGUCUGGACACAGAGGACAGCGGGCUGGGGGAGGAGUCCGGCCUCAGCGAUAACGGCGACAGCAGGAGCGACCAGAGCGACGAGCCCGAGAAGCAGGAGAAGCCACACAGGAGUAGGCCGAAGAUCAAGAUAACCACGAUGGGGGACCUGAAGUCGAAAUGGCAGCAGUGGACCCAGCAGCACAUCGAGGGCCAGAAGCUGAACCCCUUCAGCGAGGAGUUCGACUACGAGCACGCCAUGUCCAAACGGCUGCAGAAGGGCGAUGCCGGCUACGGCCGCCCCAAAGAUGGCUCCAAGACGGCGGAACGGGGCGAGCGGGCCCAGAAGCACAUCCGCCGGGAGAUGGAGGAGAUGUGCUACAUCAUCCGGGACAUGGGCAAGGUGGACAAGAACGGCCAGGUCUGCAUCACCUUCGGCAGGCUGUUCGACCGCUACGUGAAGAUCUCCGACAAGGUGGUGGGUAUCCUUCUGCGCUGCCGGAAGCACCGGAUGCUGGACUUCGAGGGCGAGAUGCUGUGGAAGGGGCAGGACGACAACGUUAUCAUCACGCUUCUAGACUGACAACCAGAGCUGACCCCCCUCACCCCCCACUCCCCCCCUCACCCCCCUCUCUGCUCACAGUUUACAGAGCCUUAUGAGUGCUUCUCAUAUCUGGCCGAGCCGUAGACUAUGAAUAGAUUCAUUCAGAAUGCAAACCAUGUCUGCCUCUCAAAUGUGAUCAUAGCCAAACCAAAUACCAAAUGAGCCGCUAGUAUUUCAUAAUAAACCGGUUAGAAUUUUUGAGAUUUUAAAAAGGUGAACCCUAAUCCAAAACAUGUGCUCAAGUACAUUUUAUAUGCAGAUGCAUAGAUUGUAUACAGUAUGAAUUAAGGGGGUUCACUUUAAAAAGAGGCAUGGCUGAAUGCACAGAUAUGACUGUCAUAGAUUUAUUCAUAAUUUAAACGUUUUGUAAUAUAGAUGUCAUGGUGUUUUUAUUUAUUUCUAACUGAUUAAUUCCUGAUUUAAGUGAGGACUGAGCUAUUGUAUGGGAUUGUAUUGUGAGGAGUUGGUUGCUUGAUGUGAAAAUUUUCUUUCAAAGUGAAAGCACAUGAGCCUUCUUACAGAAGGGCACUUGAAAUUUUGUAAAAUGAUUGGAAUCUGUGAAAUUAAUUAGUAAUAAAUACACUUUGUUUUGUU